UGUAGGAGUUGUUGAAGGUUUGCGAAUUGUCACUUCUGGGCGGGAUAAAAAGUAAAACACCAACUUGGAGUUUUGAUUUACGGCUAGCCAAAUGUUUCCUGUGUUACUACUAGCCUACGUUGUGGCUGUUAAAGUUUUCAAAAAAACCACCCCUAAUGGCAAGGUCACAGUCUACCUUGGAAAAAGAGACUUCAUUGAUCAUCUUGAGUUCGUAGAUCCUAUUGAUGGCGUCGUUGUGGUUGAAAAUGAUUAUCUUCAAGGACGCAGAGUUUAUGGCCAGGUCAUUACGACAUUCCGAUACGGUCGUGAGGAAGAUGAAGUCAUGGGCGUCAAAUUCAGCAAGGAAAUGGUCGUCGCAAAGGAUCAAAUAAUACCAAUGAAGAAAGAAAAGCAAGAGACGACGCCAAUCCAAGAGCGCUUGCUCAAAAAAUUAGGUCCCAACGCUUUCCCAUUUAACUUUGUCUUCCCACCCGCUUCUCCUAGCUCCGUGACACUCCAGCCCGGAGACGAUGACCAGGGCAAGCCGCUUGGAGUUGAGUACACUGUAAAAGUCUACGUGGGUGAAAACGAAGAUGACAAAGGUCACAAACGUUCAUCGGUGGCUCUGGCCAUAAAAAAGCUCCAAUUCGCACCAAUCUCGCGCGGCCGCAGACUUCCCAGCUCCCUGGUCUCCAAGGGCUUCACCUUCUCCAACGGAAAACUCAACCUUGAAGUCACGCUCGACAGAGAAAUUUACUACCACGGUGAAAAAAUCGCGGCCAAUGUUAUCAUCACAAACAACUCACGGAAAGCCGUGAAGAAUAUCAAGUUAUUUGUUGUUCAACAUUGUGAAGUAACGAUGGUAAACACUCAAUUCUCUCGCAAUGUAGCGAGCUUGGAAACGCGCGAGGGUUGUCCGAUAACUCCUGGGGCUAACUUUACAAAACAAUUUUAUCUUGUGCCGUUGGCUAGCAGUAAUAAAGACCGUCGAGGAAUAGCUCUUGAUGGACAUCUUAAAGACGAUGACGUCAACUUAGCCUCUUCAACGAUGGCUGCUGAGGGAAAAUGCCCAGCAGAAUCGCUGGGUAUAAUAAUUUCAUACUCAAUCCGGGUGAAAUUAAACUGUGGUACUCUGGGUGGUGAAUUAGUAACCGACGUGCCGUUUAAACUGAUGCACCCAGCAGCAGGUAAUGCUGAAAAAGAAAAAGAAAAUCUGAAGAAAAGCAAAAGCAUCGAUCGAGUCCGGUACGAAAAUUCCUGCUACGCAAAUGACGACGAUGACAACAUCGUCUUUGAGGAUUUCGCACGAUUACGUCUCAAUGAGCCUGAAUAAAUUAAUAGGCCAGUUGUAUAAUAAUAAUAAUAAUAAAUAUCAAUCAAGCUGGUGCUAUCUAUUUGCUCUGAAGGAUUCUGCAACUCUUAAUUAAUAAAAUACUUGUUGGUAUUUUUCCAGGUGGAAUAAUUAAAAUAAUUAAAUUUAUUUAUUUAUUUUUAUUCAAUAUUUAUCGCGUAAUGCAUGAUCGCGUGGUGUUUAAUCGAGAGUUGUGAAUCCUCUCCGAGAAUUUAGAUAAUCUUGUUAGUGAUGAAGCCUUUUAAAAAACAAAAAGACAUUGAUUAAUUUAAAGAAGGAUGAUCUAAAAAUAAAAAUGCAAAAUUAUUUAUUGUAUAAAAUUUUAAAUAAGGUCGAUUGAAAAAAAAUUAUUUGAAUGUUAUUAAACUUUAAUGGAAGAACAGAUAAUUAAAAAAAUAAUAAAAAAAAAAAUGAACAAAAAAAAAGCAAAAAUAUUUAUUAAAAAAUAAUACUUAUUUAUUGCCUUAGAGUUUCUAAUCGAUAGUGGUGGUCGGAUAGGAACUCAUUGCGAAGGCAAGCAAAAAAAAAUUCAAGUAAGAUUAUUCAUUAAUAAUUAUUAUAUUUUUAAGUUUUAAAAAUAUUUUUCCCGUUCCUCCAGAAGUGACUUCAUUUAAUUAUUUUAUUUAUUUAUUUAUUUAAUACUAUUGUUAUUAAUAUUUAUCAAUAUUAAUCGUUUAGUUAAUAUUAAUAUGGCAAUUCCUGAUAUUGUUGAGUUGCAAUUGUCCUGAACAAUUAAUUAAAUAUGUUGAUUAAUAAAUACUUAAAUAAAUUUAA